GUUCAAUAAUUUCCUGAUACUCAAGUCAAAGAUGGUGCGGCCCAGGGGGUUCCUCACGACGCUCGUCUUGCUGUCCACAACCGUCUUGGCGCUCCUCUCUCUAUCAUCACAAGCUGCAGGAGAUCCCUGUCAACCGGCCGAUGUGUUGUGGCUGUGGAGCGGUGCAUUGACGUCUCGUUCCAUUACGUUCAAGAUUGGGUUACGCGAGGGUUCCACUUGUGCCAAUUCCGACUUUGUGCUAUACGCGUUUCCAGAACUGCUGAAAGGUGAGAAACCUCAUUCCUCGAUUGCAACAUGCUCAGACGUAGACGGUGGUGAGGCUGGGGAGGGAGAGGUGAGAAGUCCCGCGUCUUACGAGACCCCCAACGUCAAGGAGUGUACCCUCUCGGACCUCCCACAUAGUGAUAGGAAGUAUCGGUAUGAAUUGACUUUACUCAAAACCGGAGAAACUGCGAGGUCUGGAAGCUUCACGACGCCUCGAGAGGAAGGAACCCCAUUCAACUAUCGCGUAGCUUUCGCCUCAUGUGCCGAUGAGGCGUCAGAUCCAACGGUUUUUGAGGAGAUUAAGAAAGAGAAGGCGCUCUUUUUCAUGCAUACGGGAGAUCUACACUACCACAAUUUAGUCGUGAACAAUGUGGCGGCAUUUCGAGAUGGAUACGACUCGAUAUUUGCAUCUCCAGUGGGCCGAGCAAUGCUAGCAAUGGACAUGCCGUUCGUAUACAUGUGGGAUGACCACGACUUUGGUCCGGAUAACAGCGAUUCAACUGCACCUGGACGAAACGCGUCGGUUCAAGCGUAUCAUGAAUUUGUGCCUCAUUAUCCUCUAAUUGGAGGACGCUCACGCUCAAAUACGGUGCACCAAGCCUUCACUAUCGGUCGAGUUCGCUAUCUCCUUACCGAUUUACGCUCUGCUAGAACUCCAAAUACCGCACCUGCUGCACCUACUAAGACCGUGCUGGGUAAGAAGCAAAAAGCGUGGUUUAAGAGUGAACUCGUCCGUGCGACGAGUGACCCAACUAUUCGACUCAUAAUUUGGGUCAAUACCAUGCCGUGGCUGGACGACGAGCGGAAAUGGGGACAUUUCGUACACGAACAACAAGAGCUCGUGAAUUUUAUUAAAGCCCAUGGUCUCAAUAAAUGGGUACCCAUUGUGAUCGUGAGUGGGGACGCACACAUGUUGGCAGUGGAUGACGGUAGCCACAGUCCAGGAAAUCUCACGGUACUCCACUCUGCAGCGUUGGGACGUCCGGGAUCGAUUAAGGGAGGUCCAUAUAGUCAUGGUGCUUUCCCUGGCUCGGGUCAGUACGCUGUAAUGGAUGUCACGGACGAAGGAGGCAAGGAUGGACGCGUUUGUCUUUACUACAGGGGUAUGAAUAUCUACUAAGGUAAACUGGUCGAGUUCGAUACGUGUCAUCCGGAACGUACCCCGCCGGUUACUCCGUAUUAUCCGCCACCGAUCCCUGUUCGCAUUAUGAUGCGUGUGUUCAAGAAGGCCAAGAAAUAUACUGGUACUGCAGCAGUUGUGGUGAUUACUGUAAUUGCUCUUCUUGUCUACAGACACAGACGCCAACGUACAGUUCACACGAAGAAACACAGCUAAAAACACCGUUAAAAAAUGCUUCACAUUUUUAUUUUUUUCAUAAAUAUCAAUAAGAAAAUAUCAGCAGGCAGCCACAGUAUCGGGGAGGAAGUGAGUAACGCCAA